AUGGCGGACAAUGCAAUAGCUGCUGAAGUCCAAGUCGACGAGGACGUGCAUUCCGACCCCGAAGAUUCCGCCUACGGUGCCGACUCCAUCACUGAUAACACGACCAUUGCCAGCAGUGUACUCAAAUACAAAUGGAAGAAUGGACGACGCUAUCACAGUGACAGAGCUGGAGAGUACAGCUUUCCAAAUGAUGACGAAGAACAAGAUCGUCUUGAUAUGGUUCAUCACGUCUUUACUCGGCUGCUCAAUGGCCGGCUUUACCUAGCACCCAUCGAGACGGAGGGUGCGAGAGUACUCGACAUCGGCACAGGAACUGGUCUCUGGGCAAUACAAUUUGGAGACGACCAUCCAUCAGCUACCGUGAUCGGAAACGACCUAAGUCCAAUCCAACCAGACUGGGUCCCCCCAAAUGUCCGAUUCAUCGUUGACGAUGUUGAGGCGGACUGGGUAGAUCCAGUUCCUUACGACUACAUCCACUGCAAAUACAUGGCUGGUUCUAUCAUGGAUUGGCCGCGGCUUAUCAAACAGGCCUAUGCCAAUCUGAAGCCCGGAGGAUGGAUUGAGUUCCAAGAAACCGCCAACACACUAUAUUCGGAAGACGACUCGCUCAAACCAGAUAACGCGUUGGUGGAGAUGAUGGAACAUCUCACGGUAGCCUGUGAAAAGAUUGGUCGAACAAUGGAUCCUGCACCAUCUUUUAAACAGUGGAUUGAGGAGGCUGGGUUUGAGGAUGUCAACCAAGAAAAGUUCAAGCUUCCUAUCGGUCCUUGGCCAAAGGACGAACGACUGAAAGAAAUUGGCACGCUUAUGGGAAUCAACAUGAUUGAGGGAGUAGCUGCUUUCACUGGAGUGUUGUUUACCGAAGUAUUGGGAUGGUCGCGUGAGCGGGUCGAGGUGUUCAACGUUCGAGUUAGACAGGCAUCGAGACAACGAUCAGUCCAUCCGAUUUUUGACUGCUUGGUAGUCACCGGUCGGAAGCCAGCGUAA